UUUAGCCCAACCGCCCCACCCCAUGGAAAUCUCCCCCACCUCCGCCCCGGCCGGCGCUGGCGGCGCGGCCGCACCCCCAACCCCCGCCUCCUCCUCAAACCCACCCCCGCCGUCUAAGCGCCCCAGCAUCACGCUCCGCCUCCUCUGCCCCUCCAGCCGUGCCGCUGACCUCCGCCCCGCGCGCGACCUCCACGUGGAGCACCCCCCCGUGGGGGACGAGGCCGUGCUCGUCGUAUCCGGGCCGGAUGCGCCGGCCGCGGCCGUGAGGGUGUGGGAGCGGGUGGUGGGGCACAGGGUCGGGGGCGACGAGGCGGGCGAGGGGGAGGAGAAGGAGGUGACCGGCGUCGUGGGCUGCCGGAUGCUGGCGGCCGGGGGGCAGGUGGGCUGCGUGCUGGGGAAGGGCGGGAAGACGGUGGAGCGGAUGCGGCUGGAGAGCGGCGCCCAGAUCAGGGUCUUCCGGAGCAGGGAGCAGGUGCCCCCCUGCGCCUUGCAAGGGGACGAGCUCAUCCAUAUAAGUGGGAGCUUUUCUGCAGCAAGGAAAGCACUUUUAUUGGUUUCAACCUGCCUCCAAGAUAAUCCUAGGCCAGACACAAGCAAUUUUCCAUCUGGAAGACCAUUCGGGCCUCCAGGCAGUGGAGUUGGUUGUCCACCUGGUGUGGAUCCUCAUUCUCAAAGAAGCUAUUUACCACCACCACAUGUUCCUGACUAUCAUGCAAGGAAUUUUUCAAGCAACGGUGCUGCCCCUGGUCCUAGAUUCUUUGUUGAACAAGAGAUAAUGUUCAGAAUGAUAUGUUUAAAUGACAUGGUGGGCGGCGUAAUUGGAAAAGGCGGUUCCACUAUCCGUGCAUUACAGAGUGAAACUGGUGCUUCAGUCAAGGUUAUCGACCCUGUUGCUGAUUCGGAUGAACGCAUAAUUGUGAUCUCUGCGCGUGAGAAUUCUGAGAUGAUGCAUUCUCCAUCUCAGGACGCAUUGAUUCGGGUAUAUUCUAAAAUCUCGGAGGCGUCUAUGGAUAAAAGUUCGUCUGUACCUGCCAGGCUUCUUGUUCCAGCGCAGCAUAUUGGUUGCCUACUUGGCAAAGGUGGAUCCAUAAUUGCAGAGAUGAGGAAGGUAACAGGAGCCAGCAUCCGAAUUUUUGGGAAUGAACAAAUUCCAAGAUGUGCACAACGAAAUGAAGAGCUGGUUCAGGUCACCGGUAGCUUUCAGUCCAUCCAAGAUGCAUUGCGUCAUAUCACUGGAAGGAUUAGAGAUCUCAUCAUUCCCCCGAAGCCACAUCCUAGUGGAGGCAUGCCUCCGUAUCCACCUGUUGGGAACCCUUCUCAUCACCAAUCAAGACAAGAAGCUCCACCACAUCACAGUGGAGGCAUGCCUCCCUAUCCUAUGCAUCCUUUCAGACCUAAUCCUCCUAUGGGUCCUUUUGAUGUGGCAGAUCAUCGACCACCUGGCCCAGCUCUUUCACAUCCAAUGGAACACAUGGGUGCUGAUAGGAUGCCCUACCCGUAUGGUGGUGAACAAGGAGGUCCUCGUCCUUUUGUUGAGCAGCCAUCACCAAGAACCUGGGCUCCUGAGGCACCAGCAACUGACGCUCCAAGAAGCAUGCCUGAUAUAGUACCAGCUGUAGAUUUCAGAAAGGGACCAGGGGCAAGCAGUGAAAACCAAGUGGCUGCACCAGCAACUACAACAACUGAAGUUGUUAUUCCUUGCAAGUACAUAGGUUUUGUUUGUGGAACCAAUGACAGUGACCUCGCUGAGAUAAAGAAGAUAUCCGGCGCUGAAAUUACAGUACAUGAUCCAAAACCUGGAGAUACAAAUUCAACAGUUAUUAUAUGUGGAGACCCCGAACAAACGAAGAAGGCGCAGAGCCUGAUUCAUGCUUUCAUUUUUUGUGGUCUCUACCAAAAAUGAGCCGCAACAAUGGUGAUAUUCGCCAUCAUAGAACCAUGGAUCCUCCUCGGAGGUCUUCCACCUGGAGAGUUUUUUUGUUUCCUUUCCCUUCCCUGAGAGGUUGUGUGUACAUGUACAAUAGUGAUUGGGUUGUAUGUAGAUAGGAUUGAAUUGGUGGCUGGAGACAGAGACAGCGCCGUUGUAAGUUGUUGAGUCGAUGAUAACUGGACGCAUGGCGCCAUUGUGUUGCUCGAAAUCGAGUCGAUGUAACUUGUUGUUGUGUUUGGUUGAGGGAAUUACCAUGGAAGGCGUGCCCACCUCUCUUGUUA